AGGAACGAUGAUGCAGUAAUAGAGGUUUGCACGAGAUAGGGUAGAUGCAGAUGAAAGAUACAAGCAGGUCAACAUGAUGAAGCGUCCUUAUACGCGACCUGUUACCACCUGUAUCGUCAUAUGGCUUCUCUCACUCCCAUGUUCUGAGAGAGACACGGUGAGAUGCCGCAGCUUGUCUCAGACGCCAUCGGAAAUGUCCGUCAAAGAACACAAUCGCAUAGCAAAUACAGCAACGAUCACCGCAACACAUCUACCCCCAUCCUCGCCAUACCAUCACGCUAUCAAAUACCAAAGUGAGACACAAACCCGCGGCACACCCUCGGCCCGACUCGCAGGAUGCGUUGCAUGUGGGGGAGAGCGCCUGCACGAGGGGGGCAGCCUCACCAACGAGUCAAGCGAGACAGCACGCUGCGGCACAGUCACAACGAAAAAACACGGCCUCCGACAUCUGACUCGAAAUGCAGGUACACUCCAGAGCGCGUCUACAGAGCACACUGUGCGGCGGCAGCAGGUGACAAUAUCGGUGACACACAUGCAGACGAGACAAUAGCCGUCUGGGGAUGCAUGGUGCAUGUGCGUGUGCGUGUGCAUAUGCAGGAACGGGAUAUUGCAUGUAAUGUGUGUAACGUGAGUGACGACGACGCAUGGAACACCAACGUCGAUGUCGAUGUCAACGUUAACGUUAACGUCACCAUCACCGUUAUCGUC